AUGGCAGCAGUUUUCCUCUCAAAUGCCAUCUCCUUCCUCCCUUUUAUUCCAUCUACCUCUUCAUCUUCUUCUCAACAUGUAAUAUCACUAUCUAAUAGGAGACAGCUGAAUAUAUGCAAGGCAGUGAAUGAGGCCUCUCUUUCUCCUCAAAUUCUCUCCAAGAGAAGCCUUUGCAUUAGUAUAAGUUCAAUUUGUGUGCUCACCUUAACUGGCAAAGGCUAUUUUGAUGCAAAUGCUGCCAUUCUCGAGGCGGACGAUGAUGAAGAACUGUUGGAGAAAGUGAAGAGGGAUAGGAAAAAGAGGAUUGAAAGACAAGGAGUUAUUAAGUCAUCCACCAAGGAGACAGCAUAUCUGCAAGAUCUUGUUUAUAAACUGAGCAAAGUUGGUCAAGCCAUUGAAAACAAAGACCUUUCUGCUGCAAGUUCAGUUCUUGGUCCAAGUACUGAUACAGAAUGGGUUUCAAAAAUCAAAUCAGCAUUUAAUAAGUUGAGCUCUAGCCCUGAAGAAAAAACUGAGGUUGACGUCUUCAACUCCUCACUCUCGUCUUUGAUUUCAUCAGUUUCUGGAAAGGACAUUGAAGCAUCGGAAAAAGCUUUUGUGGCAUCAGCAAGUGCACUUGAGAAGUGGACAGUAUUGACAGGGUUGGUCGGACAGCUUAAAGGAGCUGUUUACAUGUUGCUCAAUGUACUUGAGCUCGAAUUGUAA